UAUUCACUUGACAAAAUACACAACACAUUGAACAUUGUUCAAUAGCUUCACAUGGCUAGAAUUCUUCCUGCCAUGGCUUCCCAAAUGAUCAUCGUCUUCUUCCUUCUCUAUUCCUUCUCUGCAACUUUCGUCUCUGCAGCAGAAGAGCAAGGCUUUGGAACACCCUUAGACCCCAAGCAACACAAGCUGAAGAAAGAAAAGCUGAGCCACUUCCACUUCUUUUUUCACGACAUCCUCAGUGGCCGGAAUCCCACCGCCAUCCAAGUUGUGCCGCCGGCCACCAACACAUCGAAGACGGGGUUUGGCUCCGUAGCCAUCAUGGAUGACCCAUUAACCGUAGGACCCAAUCUAAGCUCAAAAACGAUAGGAAAGGCACAGGGGCUUUAUGCCUCUGCCUCACAAGAAGCAUUUUCUUUGUUGAUGGUCAUGAACUUUGCCUUCACCGAAGGAAAAUAUAAUGGCAGCAGUCUUUCCAUUGUUGGAAGGAACCCCGGUGGCACGAGGGAGUUUCCAGUGGUCGGAGGCAGCGGGCUCUUCAGGUUUGCUAGGGGUUAUGCUCUCGCCACCACUCAUUCCUUCAAUUUGACGUCGGGUGAUGCCGUAGUCGAGUACAAUGUCUACGUGUUCCAUUACUGAUGUUGUUCAUGACCUUUUUUCGUAAAUUUUCAUAUAUUUAAUAAUCUUUUUCUCCUUUUAUUUGGAGUAUA